GGCCAUUGCAAUGAAUAAUUGUGAAGAAGGAAGAAAAAUGCCUCCAGUGUAAAGGCUGGGAAAUGAAGAGAAUAAUAAUUUUUUUUGUAAUAAAUAAAAAAUAGGAGAGAAAGGAGAUAAAAUAAAUUUUAUACAAAAAGGAGGAAUGUGCGCAAACAAUUAUUGCGUUUUGAAACACUUCGGUGAUACUGUAUUUUUUUAGGUAUUUUCAUUCAGACUUCCCGAAGGAAUGUAUAUACAUAACUAUAUAUUUUUCUCUAGGGCUAUAUCACUUCUUAGGACAAUCUUACUUAUUAUUAUGACUUCGAAUUAUUAGUUUUAUUUUCUUACUUAAUUCUCUUCUUUUUCUAUUCUAGUCUUAUUGGUUUAUAUUAAUUUAAUUUAGAGCUAAUAUUUUACAUUAUUUGACCGGUAAACUAAUUUUUUGGUUGUCCUUUUAUUUUACCUAAAGCCCCUUUAUUUAUUUAUAUUUAAUUAUUUAUUUUCUCUCGAGAGUCUGUCUUGCCGAAGCAAUCACGCGCGCGCGAAGAGUUAGUCCCUCAUCAAUCUAUCUCCAAAUUUUUGUCUACCGGCCGCCCAGGCCAAUGGAAUGUCGCGAAGACGCGCAACCAUCCGGUGCUACCAAUAACACAGCACGCCUCUUGUGGAACGUGCUGGCAUGGGCCAUUCCAUUUGGGGUAUUUGGUGGACUUCAAUAUAAGAGAAACCUAAAUCCUAUCGGGAAGCUUAAAGGGUUGAUCAAGUCCUCUGGCUUGCCGAGGCACAGAUAUUAA